AUGGAGAAGAUGAGGAGGAAGGCCGAAAAAGAGAUUGAGGAGAAUCAGAUGGAGAAGAUAAGGAGGAAGGCCGAAAAAGAGAUUGAGGAGAAUCAGAUGGAGAAGAUAAGGAGGAAGGCUGACCUUGGGAUUGCAUCAAUGGCUGCUUUUGCUUUGAUAACAGUGUCAAAUCCAUCUCCAGUCAGGGGUGGGCGUUCGCUAAUUGGAUUAGUGCAUUCUGUAAAUGCUAUAUUUCUUCUUCUUAAUUCUGUCCUGAGCAAUCUUGUAAGUGCAACAGAUUCUCCCAUCCCGUUUCCCGAGUCCCUUACAAUGCUUGCUAUAAGUAGUCAAAUCCUUACAAAAAGGCAAAGAGUUGUGGCCUUGGCUCUUCCUAAUUUGCAACUUCAAGGCACAAUCUCCCCCUCUUUGGCCAAUUUGUCCUUUCUCAGAGAGCUCAAUCUGGAGAACAACUUCUUCCAUGGCGACAUCCCUUGUGGCAUUGGCCACUUGCCUCGCUUGCGAGUGAUUGAUAUUCAGAACAAUCAGCUAGAAGGAAGUAUUUCGACAACUCUAUUUCAACACCAAAGAGUUCAAAAGAUUUCAUUGUCUUAUAAUAAACUCAGUGGUGAAAUGUGGAAAGGGCCAUGGUAUGUACCGGAACAUAGAAUCUUAAAUCUAUGUAACAAUAGCCUUAUGGGUAUAAUCCCUCAUUCUGUUGGAAAUGCCACAAAGUUGUUGUAUUUCAAUUUGUCUCAUAAUAGAGUCAGUGGCAACAUUCCAAAGGCGAUCGGUAAUCUGAGGCAACUUACAAAGUUGUCCUUGUACAACAAUCAAAUAACAGGUUCCAUUCCUGCAAUAUUGUUUAAUAUCUGGUCGCUACUUGUCGUAUCUCUGGGAAUCAAUAGUCUUUCUGGUCCUCUCUUGCUUGAUGAAGGAUAUAUUUUGUCAAAUCUGAAGUUUCUAAAUAUAUAUAACAACCAAAUUUCUGGUAGCAUUCCUACCAACAUAUGCCAACUCACAGAGCUCAAUGUUUUGUCCAUUUCUUUCAACAACAUAAUUGGAGAAAUACCCAAAAAUAUUGAUUGUUUAUCCAAGCUUGAGGAGUUUUAUAUUGGUCAUAAUCCAAUAACAGGGACUAUUCCUACUUCAUUGGGCAAUAUUUCCACUCUGAGAAAUCUUUAUUGUGAAAGCAAUCGCUUGGAGGGGCCAAUUCCUCCAGAAUUGGGGAAGCUGUCAAAGUUGAGGCAAAUUAACUUUGCCCUAAAUAAACUUAAUGGGCAAAUUCCAAAGGUUAUUUUCAAUAUUUCUUCUUUGGAAAUGAUUGGUUUUGCUUUCAACAACCUUUCGGGAAGAAUUCCAGCCACUACUGGUCUUCAUCUUUCGAACCUUAGGGAACUUGUUUUGGGGACAAAUCAGAUCAAAAGGGAAAUUCCAUUGUCCAUAACAAAUGCUUCCAAACUUGAGACACUGGGGCUAGAAGAUAACUUUAUAACAGGAACUAUUCCUACUAAUUUGGGAAAUCUUCGUGAGCUGCAAGUACUGUUCCUACAUACUAAUCAACUUACCAAUGAACCCAGAGAGCAUGAGUUGCGAUUCUUCAAUUCUUUGGCGGACUGUAGGGUGUUGCGAUAUCUAGAAGUGGGUUCCAAUCCAUUGAACGACGUUCUGCCCAAUUCUAUUGGGAAUCUUUCAUCUACUAUUGAAUACUUUCAUACAGAAAAUACACACAUCAACGGCCUCAUCCCCACAAGUAUAGGCAGCAUGAGCGGUCUAAUUAACCUAGGCUUUCAAGAAAACAACUUGACAGGGAGUAUUCCUUCUGAGGUUGGUAAGCUUAAACAACUCCAAGGGUUGUAUCUAAAUAACAAUAAAUUGCAAAGACAUAUUCCAGAGGCGGUAUGCCAUUUAUCUAAUUUGGUUCAAUUAACUCUGGAUGGUAAUGAUCUCUCAGGAUUAAUUCCAGAAUGUUUAGGAAAUCUUAGCAUGCUACAAUUUAUUUUUUUGAGUUCUAACAAAUUUUCAUCAAAGCUUCCUUUAAGCAUUUGGAAGAUGAGUGGUCUUGUCAAUCUAGACAUGUCACAAAAUUCAAUAGAGGGAGAGGUUCCAGAGGAUAUUGGAGAACUAAAGGCCAUAUUAGAAAUAUAUCUUUCUGGUAACCACUUUUUGGGGAUGAUACCAAGCAAUUUGGGCCACCUCCAAAAUUUGAUGAGUCUUGACCUAUCCAACAAUUCAUUUUCAGGCCCAAUUCCGUUAUCCUUUUCCAACUUGAUAAGCUUGGAUUUGUCUUUAAAUACCUUGUCAGGUACUAUUCCUAAGACAUUGGAAAAACUCUCAUACCUUAAAAGCAUCAAUGUCUCAUUUAAUAGUUUAGAAGGUGAAAUACCCAGUGGUAGCAUGUUUGCAAAUUCCACUAUGCAAUCAUUUCUUGGGAACAAAGGUCUAUAUGGAAUGCAUAUAUUGGAGGUUCCUGCUUGUGCUCUCACUAAUCCUGGACAACAAUCAAAGUUUAAGGUGCUUUUGCUAAAAAUUGUUACUCCGGUGGUUAUUUCAUCCUUUCUAAUAUUCUUGUUGGUCUCAAUUUGGAUAAUGAAACGAAAGAAGAAAGGAAAGUCCAAAGAUGUUGAAAAUAUUUCGGAGAUCAGGACUUAUUAA